UUUCGCGCGUCUCGAAUGGAUCCUGUUUGUUUGGCAAGUUGACAAAUGUUUGUCAUUCUGAUCACUUUUGGGUUGUAAUUUUUGGUUUGUGAAUUGUAAUUUCGCUCUUGCAGGUUUGUUUGCAUAUUACCUACAAGCAUUCGGCUGACGCAAAUUGAAAUGACGAAUAGUACGACAGCAACGGCAAUGCAUCCAUUAGUCCAGUGGGCUCAACGUGAUAAACUACUUUAUUUGACUGUUGAGAUUGAUAAUGUGGCCGAUCUCCAAAUCACCGAAAAGUCUCUUCACGUUAAGGGCACAUAUGGUGGUAACAAGACUCUUUAUGAAGCAAAUUUGGAUUUUUAUGCGGGAGUAAAGACAGAUUACCGUAAAAUUGCUAACGGCAGACAUUUGGAAUUGGUUAUCAACAAGGAAACACCGUGUUGGUGGCCACGAUUAGCUAAGAGUAGUGCUAAGCUUCCAUGGGUGAAGGUUGAUUUUAACAAAUGGAAGGAUGAAGACGAGGAUGAGGAUGAUAUGAAUAGUGGUGAUCUCGAUUUCCAAAAUUAUAUGUCUAAGUUGGAUGCAGGUGGUGCUGGUGCACCAAAUUUGGAUGAUUUUGACGAUGAUGAUGAUAAAGAUGAGGAUGAUGACGAUAUGCCAGAUCUAGAAGAUGUUGAUGACGAAGCAAAAGCAGGAGCUGCAGCAGAGGAAGAAGAAAAGAAAGAUAAGGUUGAAGCUGGUGAUAAGGAAAAAGGGGUUAUAGAACAGUCCUAAAUUGCUUUUCAUCACCCGUUCCCUUUUUAUUUUUUUCGCAGUGUUCCACAUAAUCUUGAAUGGUAUACCACAUUUCUUUCUCAUUUUAUGCUAAUUUUCACUGAUCGACAUCAAAAGUUUUGUGACGAAUUGUAUAUGCUUGUUCUCGUUUCCCGGCGCAGAAAUGAGGUCAGUAUUGGCUACUGUUGGUAAAGUCGUCAGUUAUGUUAACGCUCAGGCAUUGUUGACCGCAAUUAUAUAAGGGAAUGCUUUGAGACGGCGAAAAAUAGAUUUUUGGUUAAAAAUUUAAUCUUUAUAAUGGCAUUUAUCACUGAGUAGAAGAUGGAGGAAUGAGAUCUCUAAAUGGUUUUUUCUUCAGUUGUUUUCUCAGUUCAGUUGAUCAUUUAGUUGGUUAAGGUGAUUUUAAUUUAAGUUGCCAUUAAACAGGCAUACAAUAUUUUUUGGAAUUUUUAAUCUGCUCUUAGGCAAACUGUUUGUUUUGGCCAUCUUAAUUCAGCCUAAUGUUUUAAAAUGGAUUCAUUCUUUAUUUUUAGCAGUUGAUGGACUUGAUGUUCUUUUUUUGUCUUAAUGUGAAAUAUCGGUUCCUUCAAUUACUUAUUAUUACCAUAUUAAUGAAGGAAAUACUUUUUAUCAUUUUCUUCCUUUUUUUAAUUUUGUUGGAAAUAAAGUGUUAUUUGUUGCGAAG